CGUGUGGCUGCGUAUUGUGUGCGCGCCUCGCUGACGCUCCACAGUUGUUCCCAGACCGCCAGGAGGACAAUCAGACGGACUGCUGGGAUUAGGGCGACUAAAGAGAAAGUGCAGUCUUGUCGAAAAUAAAACUCUGCCGAGAUUUUGCUCAAUGGAAUAGUCGCCCAAUCGGUUCCUUUCGCAUGGUUUUUGGCGUUGACGCACGGACCGGUAUGGAAUUAACAUCGACUAGACUAGACACGCCGUCUAGUCUUCCACCGAAGUUUUGACUGUCAUCUUUGCUUCUCGACCCCCGGUGCAGAGGAAAGCGCUGAACUUUGACGCAGCAUUGAAACCGGUAAACACAUGUGAGGACAUUUGGACACCAUUCUUUUGUCGGAGAGUCUUUUUUUGGUGCGCUUUAAUAUAUUUCUCAUGGGGUGACCCACACAGAGGACCUAAAACGUGACUGCGGCACACGCAGUCUCCACCCGGCUGGGGGCUUCUUCUCAUCUUGUGAUUAAUGGCUUAGACGUUUUGCUCAACUCCACUGUGUGAAUGAAUCUUUGCCGUAAAGCCACUGUGCUCUGCCACCCUGUCACCAUGAAGAGCAAGUAUUCCCUGUACUACAAUAAGAGUCUGAUCCAGUACUACUAUGCUGUUGCUAAGAACUUGACCAGCCAGGAGCUGGCUGAUCGUGUUGCACCAAAAAAAGGGCUCACCACCCUCAACAUUGUUAUUGUGGUCCUCUGUAUCAUCAUCAUCCUGGAGAAUCUGAUGGUCCUCACAGCAGUCUUCCGCAACAAGAAGUUCCACUCUGCUAUGUUCUUCUUCAUUGGAAACCUUGCAUUCUCUGACCUUUUGGCAGGUUCUGCCUACAUAGCUAACAUUUUUUUAUCAGGGCCAAAAACCUUUGAACUAGUACCUGUGCAGUGGUUCAUCCGGGAGGGCACAGCCUUUAUUGCACUGGCAGCUUCAGUCUUUAGUUUGCUGGCUAUAGCAAUAGAGCGCUACAUAGCCAUCACUAAGGUCAAGGUGUACGGCUCCACCAAAACCUGCCGCAUGUUCCUCCUAAUAGGAGCUUGCUGGGUCACCUCGAUCCUGCUUGGAGGACUUCCCAUCAUGGGCUGGAACUGCAUCAACAACCUCCCUGAAUGUUCAGCUGUAUUACCACUCUAUUCUAAGACAUACAUCCUCUGUGUAGUCACCAUUUUUAGCAUCAUACUACUUUCUAUUGUUAUCCUGUAUGUGAGGAUCUAUUUGAUUGUACGCUCCAGCCACCAGGAAGCCACCAACUCACAGGCUUACAAGCUUUUGAAAACAGUCACCAUAGUGCUGGGUGUCUUCAUCAUGUGCUGGCUGCCCGCUUUCACCAUUCUCCUCCUAGAUUCAUCCUGCAAGAUACAGUUCUGUCCAAUCCUCUCCAAAGCAGACAUCUUUUUUGGCUUUGCCACUCUGAACUCAGCACUUAAUCCUGUCAUUUACACGCUGCGCAGCAAAGACAUGAGGAAGGAGUUUCUGCGCUUGUUGUGCUGUUGGGGGGUGCUACAAAGUGGACGGCCCACUGACCGUUGCCUAGUCCCUUUAAAGAGCUCCAGCUCUCUGGAACACUGCACCAACAAACAUGAACACCAGACAACACCCAUUAUGCAGGAUUGUACCACAUGUGUUUAAUACGGUGCAAAGAUCAGAGUGCUUGUUUGUGUGUGUGUGUGUGUGUGUGUGUGUGUGUGUGUGUGUGUGACAAAAUGAGAUCAAAUACGGAGGGUGUCAUAAAGCAGAGAGAUGCUAAAGAAGAGGAGAGCAAAGGUUGGACAUUAAUGCCUGGUAAGGCUAAGACGCACCUGUCUCCGGAGGUUAAUUUUACAAUGCAGACUUUUACACAUUUCAAUCAAACUUGUGAGUCCACAAUCUGCAGUGAAAUGAUUCACCCUUGCAUGGGUGAUAAAACAGUUUUUCAAGAGGGAACAAACUUAGUGAUUCCAAAUUUUAGUUGAGAAUUUCAAGAAAUGUGAAAAAAAGCUUUUCUAUGGGUACUCUAUAUAGAGUUGCAAGCCAUUUUAAUGUAUAUGCCUGUCAACUUUUCGUUUUUUCUUUCUAAAAAAUGUAAACUCCUAUUUAAAAAGCCAAAAAUAGAAACAUAACAUGCAUAAUAUCAAUGUAAUGAUGGGUUGUUUUAGGCCUUUCAAGGUCUGCAAUGCAAAGAUUGCAAAGUUGCACUUUGUAAAUAUCCUAAGAGAUUGUUGCCCUUUGUAAGGUUUAAUACAUUACUGUACUUUGCUGAUAUAUGUAUACAUUAGGCCUACAUAUUCAUCAAACAUGCUUUACAGGGCUGGAGGCAGUGAUCAGCCAAGAGAAGCCAAAUUAAUAGAGUACUCCCUCAACAAAACCAGGGCUAUAUAUUACUUAUAUAACCUUGCUUAAAACUAUUUGAUUAACUACAACAUACUUACAUAAUCUGCUUACAUGUACUGCAUGAAAUUCUAACUCAUUUGUAAGCUCUGAUAUGUAUAAUAUAUUCCCAUUUCAGCUUUCAUCACUAACGCCCCUUCCCUCAUCUGUCCUCAUAGUCUGUCCCUGUUGCUUUUACUGUUGUCUUUUGUAUCUUAACAGUUUCCUUUGAGGAAGGCCUAAUCAGAAAGUACAUUUCCUUAAAUGAGUUGGCACUGAUGAAUUUUACUUAAAGACAGCUGUCCAGUAGCUUUGACUGAUGGCCCAGUAGCUCUGACAGUGUUGUUGUAUCAAUGUAACAGCAAUGUACUGUCUGGGUUUGUGCCUUCCUCUUAUACAAUGAGGCUGAAUGUAUGUAUGAAGUGUUUGGGGCAGGCGCCCCAUUGUUGACAGUAUUAUUGAUCAUCAUUUUGAUUUACCAAGUUAUUGACAAGCAGAAAGUGGGAUGCACAGGGUAGGUUACUCUCACUGUGAAGACUAAAAAAAAGCACCGUGACCAGGAUUUAGUUGUGAACAUCCUGGUUUAAUUUGCUAGCCAUAUGUCCUGUGCAAAUAAAGAUGUAAACAUGUAUCAUAUUUCCCCUAAAACCUCACACCUCUGUACAAAUGGGACAAGAUCCGGUUUCAAAGGCACAUGGGGAUCUGCCCUCCUGGGAGGUCAGUUUCAUCUUCAUUCUGACUAUCUAUGACAUGCAACUUCCUACAGCCAAAGGAAGUCCCCUUUUUCAUUGUCCGGUUCCUGUUGUUCGGGGUUACACUAACCUUCUUCCUGUGGACACCUAUUUAAAAACCCUUCAGUCCCUCAGUGUUUUCAUAUUGACAUUUAGAUGACCAAGUAGAAAUGGUGAAAAGCACUUUGGCAGCUUCAGUGAUGUUUGCUUUCCCACAUUUUCAGAUGGUUCAGAUGGAGAGGUAUUGUAAUCUGUGUACCUAUUUUUCAUUGUGUUGCUUGACUCUGUGUUGUUUUUUAUUCUAAAUAUAUGAAUUAUGAACUAUGUAUGUUUGUAAGUAUGUAUGUAUCUAUGUACAGUAUGUAUGAUUUGUGUUGUAUGAAAUGUCUUGUGUGCAAUAGCCUUGUGUGUCUAGUAGCACGCUGCCUUUGUCAAAUCGGUACAAUCUGAAACACUAAUGUAGGUACAUAAACAUUUUGUUAAUUACAUUCCUUUUUUUUUAUAAAAUAAACAAAAGACUGAAAUAAUA